AUGGCAUCUAUUGUUGUGUCCGCUGAAGCUGAUUGGAAUGGUGAGCAUAAAGGUGAUACAAUGGCUGCUGUUGACAUAUGCUUCGGUAGAAGACCACUAGAUCAAAACAGCGCCUUGCGUCAAGUUGUGGGAUGGCCGUCUAUAAGGGCUUAUAGGAUGAACAACUUGGCUAACCAGGCAAAGACUCUGACCUCUAAAGAAGAUGAGACAUGUGAGGAUGAUAAAUUGAAGGAUACUUCAAAGAAAAAAGUGUACAAUGGUAGCAAUAAGAACAAUACUGUUGUUAUGGAAAAAGGACAUCAUAGGUUUGUUAAGGUUAGCAUGGAUGGAUUGCCAAUAGGGAGGGAAGUGGAUCUAAAUGCUUACGCUUGCUAUGAGACUUUAGCAAAAGCACCAGAGGACAUGUUUGUUAAUCCAACCACGGGCAUCACUUCCAUUCGCGAUGGAGAGAGUGAGCAAGAAAGAAUGACCUCCAAGCUUUUAAAUGGGUCAUCCGAAUUUGUGCUCACUUAUGAAGAUAAAGAGGCGGACUGGAUGCUCGUAGGAGAUGUUCCUUGGGAGUAUGCACCUUUCAUUUCAUUCUAA